AUGAAAUUGUAUCUCCCCAUAUUCUCCCUAUUUCUAUUGGGAUAUGCUCAAAACUCUCCAGAUUCUCAGGAAAAAUAUGCUUUACUUCAAGUUCGACCUCACGAUCAGCAAGCUCUUCAAAUUUUGAGACAAUUACAGCUCAAUGAUUUCAAAUAUGAGGUUAGCAUUAUUUCAGAUUAUUUUUUGCAGAGAAUUUCGAGGGAUUUCAAAGGAUUAAUCACACUCCCAGAGAACUUCUGAAAAUUUGGAAACUUUUCAUUUCUCAUUUUAUUUUCUAUUUUUAUUAUUUUCUAUUAAAAAUGUCAUAUAUUUCCCACAUCCUUCCACAGCGACAACGACAAAAUAUUUUAGAGACGAUUAGAGAAAAAACAUUUGUCAAUAGGGCGAACAUGCGCUGUUUAAUAAGAUAGUGAAACCCAAACUCGCUUGCCAGCGCCUAAUAACGUCUCGAGGAGAAAGUAGCAAGUUUUGCUCUUUUAAAUUUUCAAAAACAAUGUUGAAAAACUCACAUUUCUUCCUCCUCGUUUUUGAAAAUCAUCCAACCAAAAUUCGCUUCAUAAAUUGUUUGAAUAUUUCUAUCAUUUCGCUGAUGUUUUUCCUGUAAAGUAGAAAUGAAUCAAAUUUGAAUAAGUACUUUAGAUGGGAUAAAAAUUCAAGAAAGUACAUUUUUUCAUAAAAUUACUUAUUGAGCACCAGUUUUAGUAUAAAACUAUCGAAAAUUAACUAAACGUGUGUUUCUUGUACUAGGAAAAAGGAUAAAUAUGAAUUUUACAACAAGUUUCAUUCAAAUUCAUGGAAAAACAACAAAAAUUACGCGAAUAAAAAACUUUCGAAAAACAAAAAAAAAGAAAAUAAACGUAAAAAUGGAAGUGCGCCCCAUUGAUAAAAAUGGCAUGUCUCGCACUUUCUCAAAAAUUUGUGUGUUUCGUCGUUGCUGUUCUAUUAUCAGACUAAAAUGAUGUGAUUCCAUAGAGCACACUUGUCAUUUUCCAACAAAAUAACCAUUUUCCAGCUCGAUUUCUGGAAAUCGCCAUCCCGUCUUUCUGAUGAAGCUGAUAUCAUGGUUAAACGAGGAAAACCCGAGCGAAUGCUUCGAAAAAUCCUCGAAUUCACAAAUUCCACGAUUAGUCUAAGUGUUCCAGAUGUCGAAAAAUUGAUAUUGAGAAAUGAGCACAGAAACUUGAAGAGCUCAUUUUCCAAAAUCCUAAAAGACGAUCCAAUUUUGGACAGCGAACCGGAUGCGGAUUUAUCAAAAGUGGGCCAAUUGAAAAAGGCCAAAUAUCCAUUCGGAGACUAUGCGAGUUAUGCAGAAAUGGUCAAAUAUAUGCGAACUAUCGAGUUUUAUUAUCCGAAAUUGGCGAAAAUUGUGCGAAUUGGACAGACACAUGAAGGAAAACCGAUUGAAGGGCUUAAGGUGAGUGUGUUUUAUGACUGGAACUUUUGUACUUUGGCGGUAGUUUUCUUCUUGGGUGGUCUAACUAGUUUAUUUAUGGUGAAGAAAGUGGAGAAAGAAAAAUUUUUAAAUUUUUGAAAGGGGAAAUGGUUUUUGCGGUGGGGCGAAAUUGCUAUUUACAAAUGAAAUUUUGAAUUGUUCUCCCAAGAAGUCUGAUUUUCAGUGGAGUUACAGUUAUGAAAGGGAGUUUAGGUAAUUGAAAUAUCUAAACUGGAAUGGGAAACUGAAACAAUUUUUCUCUUCAUUUUUUCUUAAUCUAAGAGUUUUGAAACGUAUUUUUUAGAAGAGAAGAAAUGGGUUUUUCAUGAAUUUUUUUCUGAAAAAAUCCCAAGUUUUCAAAUUACGAUAGGAAACAAAAACAAAAAAAAAUUCCAAUGUUUGUUUUGGAAGAUAACUGUUCGGUAGAGCAUACUUACAAAUUUUCCAAAAAAAAAAUUCACAAAUCCACACUGCAUCUCCCAUGUUUUUUUGCAGAUCGGUGCCCAUUCUCCUUUUCCAAAACGUGCCAUUUGGGUAGAUGGUAAUAUUCAUGCCCGUGAAUGGGCUUCCAGUCAUACAGCUCUAUUUUUCAUUAAUCAAUUAGUAUCCAAUUAUAAUAUUGAUCCACAAAUCACAAAUUAUUUGAACACUUUGGACUUUUAUAUUUUGCCAUGUUUGAAUCCAGAUGGUUAUGAAUAUACAAGAAGUUCACCAAUUCCAAGUGUCAGAUUAUGGCGAAAAAAUCGGAGUCCUGAAGUUUGCAGAGCAAGUCUUUGGGGUGGCGAGAAGUGUUGUCAGGGAGUGGAUUUGAAUCGGAAUUUCAGAUUUCAUUGGUCUGAACGGGGAAGUUCUUAUGAGCCAUGUUCGAAUAUUUAUCAUGGAGAAGAAGUGUUCAGUGAGCCUGAAACUCAGGCGGUUCGCAAUUUUUGAGCUCACCUGAAUUGCGAGAUCGUGUCGAUGCUUUUAUCACUUUGCAUUCUUAUGCACAGCUUUGGAUCUAUCCAUAUAGUCAUGAAGAACAGAAUUAUCCGGAAGAUAUUGGAGAGUUGGUGAGUUGAGCAUUUGGAUGAGAACGGGAAGAAUUUCGAGUUUUUCCACGUGGAAAUUAUUCUCAAACUGUUGUGCUAUGAAAUCUACGUGGAAACAUUGUUCAAAAUGUUUCCAAAUACCUCUAAUAAUUCCUCAGAAAAACCUCCCCAAAUUUUCUAGCGAAAAACUGCCCGAAAAGCCAUCAACCGAUUGUCUCAAGUUUACGGAACUUCCUACCGAAUGGGAACCGGAGCAGAUACAUUAUCACCAGCUGCUGGAGGAUCAGAUGAUUGGGCAAAAAGUGCGCUGAAUGUGAAAUAUGUGUAUUUGAUCGAGUUGAGACCACAAAUGGAAUGUUAGUUGUUGUUUUUUUGCUGAAAAUUUGAUUGAGAUUUCCCCCAAAUUCUCAAUUUUUGCAGUAUCAAACGGUUUCAUUCUACACAAAAAAGAGUUGAUUCCAACGGCAGUUGAAACUUUCGAAGGUUUUCGAGAAGUCGUUGAUGCAGUUUUGACUAUGAAAAACAAUGCUACGACAAAAUCCACGUCGACUUCCAUUCGAACUUCUUCCAAAUCUACAACAACAACUUCAGCUUCAACUUUGCCAUCGACAACCAGAAAAACUAUAAGCGAUUUGCAGAUGAAAAAACAACAAUGUGAGUUUUUGUUGGGGGUGGGGAGAGCGAAUUUUGAGCUGAAACUUACAUUUUGCCACGUAGAUUUUUAGCGCGAAAUGUUGGGAAAUUUUGAAAACUGUGAAAUGUGUAUUUUUCCCCACCCAGAAAAAUUUGUCGAAAAAUCAUCUCCACAUUUUUUGCAGAUCGCAUGCGUCUUCUAGCCUCCCAACAAGGUUCCUCUUCAUCCACCAUAGCCUCUCGCCAUUUUGCCAGAUUCACACCAGAUCCAACAUCAACCGAAAGAUCUCGUCCAACACCACCACAAGCACCGCCAGUUCUGAUUUCCACGUCGACAACUUCAAGAGAAGAAGGAUCUACUACACUAGGAAUAUCAGAAUCUUCAAGUUCUGAUCCCGAAUCUUCAGAAUCUACAAGUUUAAGCUCUAGUUCUAAAUCUUCUGAUUCAAAUUCAACACCAUUUGCAUUUUUCACCGCUACCAAACCUUCCGCAUUUUUGGACCCAGAAUGCAGGGAUAUGCGGUAAGUAUUUGUUCUGGAUUAAAGAAAUCUGCCAUGAAGCCAUGUCCCUUUAAAAACUACAGUAACCCAAGUACAAUUUUUGCAGCUACUCAUGCAGUUUCUGGCUGAAAAACAACAAAAACGUGUGCACCGAACAAGAAUCAUUUAUGCGUGCUCAAUGUGCAUUUACAUGUAAAUUCUGUGUAUCAUUUAUCAAACGGAUAUAG